UCUACCACUGCGUCCAAGAUGCCGAAAGGAAAGAAGGCGAAGGGCAAGAAGGUGGCCCCGGCCCCUGCCGUGGUCAAGAAGCAGGAGGCCAAGAAGGUGGUCAACCCUCUCUUCGAGAAGAGGCCCAAAAACUUUGGCAUCGGACAAGAUAUCCAGCCCAAGCGCGAUCUGACGCGGUUUGUGAAAUGGCCCCGCUACAUCCGACUCCAGCGCCAGAGGUCUAUCCUUUACAAGCGGCUGAAGGUGCCCCCUGCCAUUAACCAGUUCACCCAGGCGCUGGACCGUCAGACAGCUACGCAGCUCCUGAAACUGGCCCAUAAAUACAGACCGGAGACCAAGCAGGAGAAGAAGCAGAGGCUGCUGGCUCGGGCUGAGCAGAAGGCUUCAGGGAAGGGGGAUGCUCCUACAAAGAGGCCACCUGUUCUCAGAGCUGGUGUCAACACAGUCACCACCCUGGUAGAGAACAAGAAAGCUCAGUUGGUAGUGAUUGCUCAUGAUGUGGACCCCGUUGAGUUGGUAGUAUUCCUGCCUGCCUUGUGUCGCAAGAUGGGGGUUCCCUACUGCAUCAUCAAGGGCAAAGCCAGACUGGGACGACUGGUCCAUAGGAAGACGUGCACCUGUGUCGCCUUCACGCAAGUGAACCCGGAGGAUAAAGGUGCUCUAGCCAAGUUGGUGGAGGCUGUCAAGACCAACUACAAUGACAGAUACGAUGAGAUCCGUCGUCACUGGGGUGGCAAUGUUCUGGGGCCCAAAUCAGUGGCUCGUAUUGCCAAGCUGGAGAAAGCCAAGGCUAAAGAGCUGGCUACCAAGUUGGGUUAAAAAUGUACUGGACUUACUCCUCAUGCUUUCUGUACAUAAAAAUAAAAUCCAAAACCAA